UUCCCAAACUUUUCUGUGCCUGAGCAAAGCCCAGGAAAGAAAACCUGCUUCAUUCAUUCACUCUUACACGCCUACCCCCUCUGUCACUCAGAUACACACAUAUAGAUACACACACGUGCGGAUUUAGUCUCUAAUAACUGCCUCUACAAGGAUACAACAGAAAAUCCAGAAUUGCUUUUGCCUGACUCGGAUGCAGCUUUUUAUAUGUAUUUUUAGGGGGUGUUUUUCCUCUUUUUACCCUCAAAAGAAAAUCACCUGGAUUUGGAAGAUAAUAACUUGUGUGUAUUGAUAGGAGAAAAGAAAAGGUGGGAUUGAUGACUGUGAAGUGCAAUUUAGGAACUGCAUUUGUGAAGAGAGGAACUGGGGAGGAGGAGAAGGUGACUGAAGGAGGAAGACGAGGAAGAGUAUGGGUCACUCUUCUGUGUGCAUCUUUCUACUGUCCCUUUAUCUGACUCAUCAAAGUGUUGCAGCGCAAGCUGAAGCAUGCAGGACAGUGGUUCAGGCCGACAUAGUGUUUCUGGUGGAUGAGUCCUGGAGCGUGGGUCAUAAAGACUUUUCCAGAGUCAAAGACUUCAUCUCAGCCAUCAUCUCCUCCUUUCAGGACAAUGUGGUCGGAGCUGAUGGGGUCCGUUUUGGAGUCACUGUCUUUGGGGAUGUUCCAAGGAUGCGGAUUGCUUUGACAGACUACAAUUCCCUUGAGGAGGUACUCAGAGCCAUCAAAGACCUUCCCUAUGAAGGUGGAUCCAGGAGGACUGGCAUGGCACUCCAGUUUCUGGUCGACUCUGUUUUCAGCCCCGUCAUCAGGCGGGAUUCUGUCCCGAAGAUUGCUGUUUUGCUCACAAAUGGACAGUCGGACGACCAGGUCAAUGCUGCAGUCAGAGCAGUAGCAGACAAUGGAAUUACUGUCUUUGCAGUAGGCCUCACGGGGGUUGAUGAGGCAGAGCUUAGGAGGGUUGUGUCGGAGCCACAUGCCGAGCAUCUAUUGCCGGUCACUGAUUUCUCUACCAUGGACACCAUCCUCCCCAAACUGUCCCGCAGAGUGUGCCUCACUGCCUCUGAACCCCCACGUCCUGUGAAAACUUCCCAGCCUAGCGAGGAACGUGUGGUGGGUCCCAGAGACCUUCAGGUUAGCGAACUGGCCCACAGUUCUCUUAGACUGACGUGGAGCCAGGCCACGGGUGAUGUCACCGGAUAUCGCCUCCUGGUCACUCCACUGAGCUCGGAGGGACAACUCCUUCCUGUGCAGCAGAGGCAGAUGGAUCUGAAGGCAGAUGUGAGCACAGCCAUGGUGACAGAGCUGAGUCCCAAAACCGACUAUUCCCUCACCGUCUAUGCCAUGUACCCAGGCCUCAUAGGAGACUCUGCGACAAUCAAAGUAAAGACAACGCCUUUGCCCGAAGUUUCAAACUUCCGUGUUAUUGAGGAGGGCCUGUUCUCCCUGCGCCUCGGCUGGACACCCCCCCAGGGGAAGCUAAAUGGAUUCAAGAUCUUCAUCCCGAGAUCCAACAGACCAGGAUUCAUUUAUGAGCAGCUGCUUCCUAGAGACAUUUCCUCUCAUGUGAUUGACAGUCUGGAGGAGGAUAAGAAGUACACUGUCAGUAUUUAUGCUGUGUACCCCGAAGGACCAAGUAAACCGGUUUCAGUAGUGGGGAAGACAUUGAAGUUGGUGCCAGUUCAUCAGUUUCUGGUCCAAAAUGCCACCACAGACACCGUUCAAGCAAGGUGGGCAUCAGUUAAAGGUGCUACAGGAUACCGUUUGACAUGGGCAUCUACAGAAGGCCACAUAGAAAACAUAAACCUCGGGGACAAUUUUAACUUCUACAUGAUACAGGGCCUCCACACAGGCUCUGAGUACACCAUCACCAUCAACCCCAUCUUUGGAGACAUUGAGGGGCCUAUCACCACUGCGAAAAUCAAGACAUUGGAAAGUAGUUCAGUACAGACUCUGAAAGUAUCUGCUGUGAGCACAAGUACUGCAGUCGUCUCAUGGAACAGUGUCCCGGGGGCUACAGGAUACAGACUGGCAUGGAGACCCACCCCAGAGUUUGUUGGUCGGGAUCGUCCCAGGCAAUUGGCUCUGAACACCAGCACUACACAGUACCAGCUGAAAAAUGUAGCCCAUGAUACGGAGUAUGUCCUGACACUUUACGUGCUGUUUGGCGCUGCGGUUGGACCUGGCAUCGCUGCCACCUUCAGAACUUCUCCUUUGGGUUAUGUCUCUAACUUCAAGGUGACAUCCUACACAAGCACCACUAUAGAUGUGGCGUGGAGUCCCAUCGUUGGAGCCACCGAGUACAAACUCUCAUGGAAAACAGAUAAUAGCAAACCCCAAGUCCAGUACCUGGAUCGUAGCAUCCUCUUCCAUCGUCUCAAAGACCUGAAUCCACGGUCUACCUACACAGUCACCAUCUGUGCAGUGUAUGGCAACUCAGAGGGACCAGAAAUCUCCUUAUCUCAGCUCACAGCUGCAGUGUCAGAGUCAGAUCCAAUCCAGCCAGUGAGGGAGGUGAAGGUUGAGGACAUUGGAGUAAAUUCCUUCACACUAUCUUGGAAAAAAGCACCAGGGGCUUCUGGAUACAAAAUCUCUUGGAUCCCAUUUCUUGGGGGUGAUGAGAAGUCCCAUGUGGUAUCGGCUGAUUUUGCCUCCUACACCAUCCGCAACCUGCGAGAGAGCUCAGCUUACAAGAUCCAGGUGUCCUCCAUGGUGGGCAGCAGGGAAGGAAGCGCUGUCCUGGUCACAGCACGUACCUUGGAUCUUCCCAAAGUAGAAGGAUUUGUUGCUUUGAAUACAACAGAUAACAGUACUGUUCUGAACUGGACACGCGUAGCUGGUGCCUCAGGAUAUCGCCUCUCCUGGAGGCACAUCUCAGUGUUUGACACAAAAACAGAAAUCCUUGGCCCUGGAUUCACCUACUAUAAGAUCAGUGAUCUCUUGUAUGGCAGAACAUAUCUUUUCACCAUCAGACCUUUGUAUGGAGAAGUGGAGGGGCCUAUAAGCACCAUGUAUCAGAGAAUAUUGGGACCAGCUCGCCCAGCGUUAACAGUCCAGCCUGUGCCACCUACAGUGCCCCCCCAUUCCCCACCUAACACUGGGGACUCCCAGACUGCCUCUAUCAUCAACACAACCACUGCUCAAUCACCCAUGAGGACCACCUGGCACCCUGAUGUUGUGCUUCCAACUGAGUCCUUAACAACCAAGAAGCCCCACGUUCAGCCAAGUGUCACUGAGGGCAAGGCAGGAGCAGUCACGUCCUUUCGAUUAACCACACUGAGUAGAGUGACAGAGAAAAAAACACCACCACAACCAGUGUGCGGUAAGACCAAAGCGGAUAUAGUGUUCUUGGUGGAUGAGUCGUCGAGCAUUGGCACUGACAACUUUAGGAAGAUGAAAGACUUCAUAUUUCGAGUGGCUACAUACUUCCCCGUAAUUGGUUCACAGGGCACGCAGAUAGCUGUGGUUCAUUACAGCGAUGAGCCUCGCAUUGAAUUCCGCCUUAAUGACUUCAAAGACAGAAACUCUGUGCUCAGGGCUCUCAGAGCGCUGCGUUAUGGAGGGGGCAACACCAAAACCGCAAAAGGCAUCAGCUAUGUUCUGCAAGAACUGUUCCAGGAGGCUCAUGGGAUGAGGCAGGAUGUACCCCAUGUUCUGGUUUUGUUUACAGAUGGCAAGGCCCAAGACAAUGUGGUGCCACCCUCCAGAAUUGCCCGCGCCUUGGGGGUCAGCGUCCUGGCAGUUGGAGUUUCGAAUGCAGAUCGUGAAGAACUGAAUAAAAUUGCGGCUCCCACCAGCUACAAAAACAUCUUCUAUUCACCAACUUUUGAUGAUUUUCCCUCCGUGGAGAGAGAAUUUAUCAGAAGCCUCUGUAGUGACGAACUCAUCACAGAGUUCAAACUACAAGAUGAGGGUGCUCAGCUAGACACCCCCACUGAUGACCCAGAGGAGAUGCUUAAGCCCGAGGGUCCAUGCCUAACUCAGUGCAUGAAGGGCCAAAAAGGGGAAAAGGGAGACAGUUUGGGUCUUGGUCUGAGAUUCAGACAAAGCCCUGGAGAGUUUGAUCCUUUCACAUCUUCAAAAGGAGAAAAAGGAGAAAGGGGACUUCCUGGAACUGACGGUGUUCCUGGUUUGCCAGGUCGCCCAGGAAGAACUGGACCACCGGGUUCUGCUGGCCAACGGGGCCCUACAGGUGUUCCAGGUGACAUGGGUCCACCUGGGCUCCCUGGUCCAAAGGGACAGAGAGGAGAAAGAGGAGAGCCGGGAUACGUCAUAGCUGGUACAGAUGCAAAUUUUGUGCCCGGACGAAAAGGAGAGCCAGGCUCCUCAGGUCCCCCAGGACCUCCCAGUCUUCCAGGGGUCAAUGGAGCUCCAGGUCUGCCUGGUCAGCCAGGAUCACCGGGGCCACCAGGAAUAGCUGUCAAGGGAGAUCCCGGAGAGCCGGGUACAAAAGGCUUACGUGGGAAGCAGGGCGUGAAAGGAGACAAAGGAGAGCCGGGAAAAGAUGGCAUUGCAGGUUUGCCUGGUCCCAUUGGUGUUGAUGGGGGACCAGGACUGCCAGGCCAGAAAGGAGAAAAGGGUGAGGAGGGAGUUGGCAUACAAGGUGUUCAAGGUCCUCAUGGAGAGAAAGGAGAGAAGGGAGAUAUUGGAUUAGCAGGACCAGUUGGCCCAAAGGGUGAGCGUGGAGAGCAGGGCAUCCAGGGAAUCAUUGGACCUCGGGGGAAAAAGGGAAUGAAAGGGGAGCCAGGAGACAAGGGAGACCAAGGAGAGGUGGGACCAAUAGGACCACAAGGACCCCCAGGGCCUGCAGGACCGAUGGGAUUAAAGGGAGAUGAAGGUCCAAGAGGACCUGCUGGAGACCCGGCGAAGGGUGUAAUUGGUCCAGCUGGGAAAAAGGGGGCCAGGGGGGACAUCGGUCCAGUUGGUUCUACAGGCCCUCAGGGAAUAAAGGGAGAACAAGGAGACAAGGGAGAAAAGGGUAGUCCUGGUUUUGGGAUUCCAGGACAGCAGGGGCAAAAGGGAGAAAAUGGAGAAAGGGGAAAUGUUGGUUUAUCAGGAAAACCAGGACAAAAGGGGAAAGAUGGCUCUAAAGGUGAAAAAGGGAGCAUUGGAUUACCUGGCAAUCCUGGAGAACCGGGAUUAAGAGGUAAAGAUGGUGCACCUGGAGCUAUAGUAGAACCGGGAAUGAAGGGUGAACAAGGACCAGCUGGAGAGCCUGGUGAAAGAGGAAUCAGGGGUCCAUUGGGAUUACCAGGAAAACCAGGUGACACUGGAGAAAAAGGUGACCCUGGCAAGCCUGGCCCACCUGGUGCCGAUGGCAGAAAAGGUGACAAAGGAGAGGCGGGAAAGCCUGGACCUCCGGGAACACAAACUGGUUCAGACAACAUACUGACCAGAGUAAUUAAGGGCGAUCCUGGAGAGCCAGGUCAGCCAGGUUUGCGAGGAGAAAUGGGCCCGCCUGGGCCACAAGGUCCAGAGGGGAAACCUGGAUUACCAGGACAGUCUCUGGGUGAUUCUGGAAGAGAUGGAUUAGAUGGCUUACCAGGAAAAACAGGAAUGAAGGGUGACCAGGGACAGAAAGGAGAACCUGGUCCGAAAGGAGAAAAAGGAGAUCAAGGCCGGGUUGGGAUUGCUGGGAUGCCUGGCUUACCGGGGACUCCUGGGAGACCUGGCAUUGAUGGGAAGAGGGGCCUGCCAGGAAAAGAUGGAGAAAGAGGACUCAAAGGAGAUGACGGCAAGAAGGGGGACAAGGGAGAUGCGGGUGCUGAUGGUAAAGAUGGUAGUAAGGGUGAACCAGGGCUUCCAGGUUUGCCUGGGAGGCAGGUGCUUGUCACUCCUGAGGGUGCUACCAUUGAUGAAAUCCGACAAGCAUUCCCAAUGCCAAUGGGUCCUCCAGGACCUACUGGUUCUCCAGGAUUGAAGGGUGAUAAAGGAGAAAAAGGCCUGAAAGGAGAAACGGGUGACGCUGGAGCUCCAGGAAAAUCUCUUGAGAUGAAGGACAUUGAGACAAUGUUUGAAGCCUACGGUAUAAAGCUUCCUUUGCUGAAGGCUUUGAUUGACAGGUUGCUGCAGGAUGGCAUAGAGGAGCUUCUUCAUGUGCUCAGCAACUCCAAGAAAACAAAAGAAAACACAGAAAGGCACAACUCCAACGUCAUCACUGACUACAAAAGUUCGGAGAAAUUUGACAUCACCAGCAGACCUUUGUCAAAAGCGGACACUUUUGAGGACACUGAUGUAGACGGCCAGCCUCCUGAAUCUUUCUUUGUUGACCCUUUAAAUGAAACUGCAGAGGAUCCAACUUUAUGGACCGUCAACACGCUGAAUGGAGAACUGGAGCAUGACAUGAUUGAGACCAAUUUAAAGGAGACAGUAGACAGUACUGGAACUUCCUUUAAAGUUAAUCUGACUGUAGUCAAUUCUACUUCCAAUUAUACAAUGACCAAUGAGAUGUUUUCAGGGUUACCUCAAUCUGUAAUGGAGACUGUUCUCCUCACUCAGGAGGACUCACUGAAGAAGAAUUCAGGACAAAAGAAGAAGAACAGGGAACGUGGGAAAGGCAAAGGAAAUAAAGGACGACAUAGGAGGCAGAGACAACGCUUGACAAGUGAAGAGGCCAGGCAAGACGAAGAAGACGAGUUUUAUAACGGCGAGGAUUACAGUUAUGAAUACGAGGAAGAACUUACCACAAUUGACCCCUUAAUCCCUCGGGACUUCGGGGAAAACAGACAGCUUGAAGUCCAAACAGAUGAAUUUCCUCAUCCAGUGGACGAUAAGGAACAAUUGCUCACACCCAGUCCUGCCCAGGUCGAGACCUUAAGUCAACCUAUAACAGUCUUCUCAGACAGAGAAACGGAUGCACAGGUUAUCUUGCCAACCACAGAGUCACCCUCUCGACCCUCUGAUGACAUAGAGAAGUCUACACCUCCUUCGGCAACAGAAGAACCAGAUCAGGAAAUCUCUUAAUUCCCGAGAGACUGAGACUAUAGAGUCUUAAUCAUUCAUAAGAAAGCACUACACGGAGAGUGCGAAUAAACUGUGAACCGUUUUCUCUGGUGAUGAACCCUGAACAACGUCGUUUCAUGAGGGGGGACUUCUUUCCGCACAGAGACAAUGUCACUCACCAAAAAAUACCGUAUACAUUACCAGAGUGUUUUUCUCUUGUUGUGGCUUAUAGAAAAUUAGGCACCUGAAAACUGUCCUCGUAUGUAGGUUGUGUUUUUUUAAGCUUGGUCAGUGUAAAAACCAGUGUAGCUUUACUUACCUGCCAGAAACUCCUAAUUUAUUUAUGACAAGUAUUUUUCAGUAAAUAAAAUAGAAGUAAGCUUUCUUCAACAUGACAACAAUUUGCAUACAUACUUCAGGAAAUACAGACAUUUUAUUUAUUAAAACAUGGAAAUACUAAGGGUUUCUUACUUUACCAUACCCUGUGAAUACCAUAGAUAAUAUUUAGAAUCUAGUUUUACUAUAAACACAUAUGUAGCCAGAUCAAACACUUGUUACGCUGGUGAAAUUUAUCUUUAUAAUUAUAUUGUCUGUGUUUAACCUCUCUGUGCAUGUGUGCUUAAGUAAAAGUGACUUUCUAAACAACUCUGUGUCUUCCUCCUUUUUUCUCAUCGUACAGUACUCCACAAAAGUCUUGAGCCACCCCUGAUUUCUUUAUAUUUUGCUUCCAAGGAGCCAGACUUUCUUCUCAUUUUUAAAAGUCCUCUUGAGCAAUAGUUCUCAUGGCUUUCUUGUAAAGUUUCUUGUGAAGGUUUUCUUUGGACAUUGACUGCUUUUUCACUCAUUUUUAGUGUAGUCUUGUACCUUAAUAUGCAUUUUUUUUUAAAAAUUUGUUUGUUAAGCUACUUCACACUGAACUGUUAAUUAUCCAAGCAUAAAAUAGCACCUAACUCAAGAGGUGAGCCAGCGUUGUAUCUUGAAUUUGACAAAAUUUGAAUAUAUGUAAAAUGAUAAUUCCCGAAGAGAUAUUAGUUAAAAACCUGCAUAUCUUUGCAGUGCAGGGUGUUCUGAAAGAAUCUGAGAAACCGGACAAGAAACACACAAACACACACACACGCACAGACUAUGCAGUAGAUGUCUGUAUCUGAAAGUCGUGUCCUUAAGAAUCAGGAAAAAUCCAGCAAAGACACCUGGUCGUUCAGUUGAUCAAUCUGUUGAACUUAGAACUUUUUAUUGUCAUUGUACAGUUGCUUGCACAAUGAAAUUAUGUAACAAGACCACAAGGUGUGAAAGUAAAAGACAAUAUACAGAUAUAUAAGACAAUAUGCAGGAACACUAUCCAUCCAUCUGCUUAUCCUUUUUUCAGGGUCGCGGGAGCCUAUCCCAGCUGUCUUAGGGCACCCUGGACAGGUCGCCACACUGUCGCAGAGCUAACGUAUAGAAACAGACAACCAUUUGCCCUCACGUUCACACCUAUCGGAAUUUAGAGUUUUCAAUUAACCUAAUCCCACCAAGUGCACGUCUUUGGACUGUGGGAGGAAGCCAGAGGAUCGGGGGAGAACUUGCAAACUCUACACAGAAAGACCGCAGCCCAAUGGAGAAAUUGAAUUCAGGACCUUCUUGCUGUGAGGCCACGGUGCUAACCACUGUGCUGCCCUACUAUGUACACUAGAAUGCAAUAAAUAAUAAGUAAGGGUGGAAGGGCUAUGGAAAUUGCAGAUCUGCCAAAAUAUUGCACAAGGGGGAAAAAAGAGACAUUAACAUAAUAAAUACAGAAAAGCAGCAACAGAAUACUAGUAUGAUUAAAGAAUUGGUUCCGUGGAAGUAAAUAAGUAGUUCAGAAUAACAAAGAAAGCAGUGAGUAUAUCUGAAGGGGGCACCCAGAUUUGAACUGGGGACCUCUUGAUCUGCAGUCAAAUGCUCUACCACUGAGCUAUACCCCCACCGAUACCUGAAGCCUCAUCAGAAAGAAGCCAUUCUUAAGGGAGGAUGGCAAAGAACUGGACUGAAAACCAGUGACAACAUGUCUGAUUAAGAGAUGAAACAAACUUUAGAAUUUUUGGUAAGUAAUCAUCAUUAUCUGUGGAGGAGGUCAGGAAAGCAGUACAACAGUGAAUAUCUACAGCCAUCUGUAAAACAUGGUGGAGGCUCUGUCACGGUUUAGGGUUGCAUUUCAGCCACUGGUGACCUUGUCCGAUUUUGAUCCACUAUGAAAUAACAUCAGAAGGAAAGUUUCUGAUUGGCAAACAGUCACGAUUGUCCUUCCCAGAGCCCAGACCUAUUGAAGACAGUAAAUAUUCAAAGAAGAGCUUUGAAUGCUCUUCCAGAAGCCUGGACAAUUUCUGGCUGUGUUAAAAAAUAAAGAUGGUAAUAGCAAAUGGACUUUCACCCUUUUAAGAAUUGUACAAACUGAAAACACAAUGUCAGAUGCUGUGUUUUUGUGUAUGCCUGCACAUGUUUGUUUCCCAUUUUCCUCAAACAAUAUAAAGAAAUUAGAGGUGGCUCAGCACUUACAAAGUAUAUAAACAUCAAUCAUCAUAAA